AUGUUUAGACACCUACUCUAUUUGGAUGAUUUCUAUUUGUUUCCAUAUGACAAGAGUAAAGCCAACGAAACUAUAUUAACAAAAUUGGAUAUUUUACUACGCAUGAUGUAUAAUACCAGUGAUUAUCCCGUUCAGGAUAUUCUCACCGAGCUUGGUCCAGAUUGUGAUGAUCUUAUAAUAAGAGGUAUUGUUUAUGGCAUACCGGUAAAUAUAAGUGAUUAUUUUCGUAAACGUCUGACAACAAAUGGAGUUUGCUGUAUGUUCAAUUAUAAACGUGAAAGUUAUGCUUAUGAUGAAGAAAUUCGCAAUGAAGAUAAUCGUUUUAUACGUGAGAAGCAGCCAAUACAAUUUGAAGCUAAUUCCAUUCUAAAUUCUAUACAAUUUGUGUUACAAAGUAAUCCGGAAGAUUUUACGGUGCGAGAUUUUGAUAUUGAUGCAUUUGAGAUAACAGUAUUCCCUCAGUAUGAUUAUGCCAACAUACAAUCGAGUCACAUUGGUCAUAUAUUAGUUGAUUAUUAUUCCAUAGUGGAAAUACCCAUACAACCAGAAUUUUAUGAUUCCUCUGAAAGAAUACGACAAUUUAAGCCAAGCGUACGCAAUUGUUAUUUUCCCGAUGAGGGUCAAAAGGUUUUAAAUCGAUCAUAUUAUUCCAUAGAUGAAUGCUUAUUACAAUGCCGUUCCGAAUCUAUGAUAAAACAUUGUGGUUGUGUUAGUCCACCAAUGGGUGCUAUGGCUAAUCUAACAUAUUGUAAUUUAAAUGCCUUGCCUUGUUUGCGUCAAUGGAAUGCCAAAUGGCAUAAUUGGAACUAUUUCGCCUAUGUCAAUGAUGAUAAUAUGGAUGAUAGUGAUUUAAUGGCCGCACGCAAAUGUCCGCAUUGUCUGCCAUCUUGCGAUGGUGUAAAUUUCCGAAUUCAUUUAAACGAGAUGACAAUGCGAAGAGCCUAUGGUGGAAUAUAUAGUCAUGGUUUAUUGAAAGGUCUCGACGAUACUAAGCCCCUAGCAAUAAUAAAAUUAUUUUUCAAACAACGAUUUGCACAGGCCACCGAAAUGGAUAUAAUUGGCGAUUGGGUUGUGCUAUUAAAUCGUUUUGGUGGCAUUAUGGGUCUGAUGUACGGAUUUAGUAUUAUUAGCUCUUUGGAAAUUUUCUACUAUGCCACGGGAAAAUUUUUUACAUUCUAUUGGAAUAACUGGAAAUUGAAAAUUAAAAGUAAAGCCGUCGAAACUUCAUCAAUAUUGAAGAAUAAAACAUUUAAAAGAGAAGAACCUCCACCGGCAUAUGAUUUAUACUGGAACGAGUUGAUGCCGAAACGUCGGACCAACAUUUUAUUUGGAAAACAAUUGGAUACUUAA